AUGAUUAGAGACACACUGGUCCCCUUUUCGAAAACAUCCGUCUUGAUCGUCGGAGGUGGGACAACAGGCCUGACGACUGCCCUUUUACUUGCUCGCUAUGGCCUGACAGUGAUGAUUGUGGAACGUCAUCAUCAUCGCUCCGGACAGCCCAAAGCUCAUGCGAUUAAUCCUCGGUUGCUGGAGAUCUUUCGUCAGAUCGGCCUCGACACCACACGACUACGGAAGUCAGGUGUAUCCCCGGAGGAUGGCGAUACAGUGCGCUUUGUGGUUUCAAUGGCAGGGAAGGAACAUGCUACACUUCCUUACGAACGACAAGGCCCUGAGACUUUUGAGAUCACCCCGGAGCCCUUGUUCAAUAUACCCCAGCCCAGUCUGGAAGACUUUCUCAUCCGCGCCGUCGAAAGCAACGAGAAUAUCACAUUCUACCGGGGUGUGCAGUGGGAAAGCUGUUCUCAACUUGAACUGGGUGUCCUCUCUUCGAAUAUCAGGAAGAUGGUGACUGGUGCCUUAAUGGUCGUGGAGAGCGCAUACGUUCUGGAUUGCGGUGGUGCCAACUCGCGCGCCCGAGAUCUGUUGGGGAUUCCAUUUUCGCCGUUACCUCAGUAUGUUCAAAAAGAGGUGCACCAUCUCUCAGUUCACUUCAACGCUGAUCUCACGCGCUUCAACCCCGGGACGUUGUGGUGGAUUUCGUCCCCUCGCGCCGACGGCACAGUUAUCUGCUAUGAUCGAGCGUACGACUGGAUCUUUGUCACAUACUAUAACCCAAAGACUACGUCACCAAAUAAGUUUACUGAGCAUUACUGCCGAGAAUUGAUAGACAAUAUGCCUUUCCACCCACGGGAGGUCUUUGGGGUGAACACCGGCAUCGCAGAUGCCCAAAACCUUGCAUGGAAGAUUCAUGCAGUGGAAAGGAGAUGGGCUGAAGAGGCUAUCCUAUCCACCUACAGUGAGAAAAGACGACCUGUGGCGGUCGCAAAUGCCUAUCAAAGCGUGAAGAAUCAGAUACAGAGCUUCGGGCGAUUGGACCAUGUGAAAGAGAAGCUGGAUUGUGAACUUCGGGCCAAUGCAGAGCACUUCGACUCGAUCAGAUUACAGAUUGGCUAUCGUUACGGCGAAGACGAGGUUCCGGACGAGCCAUGCGAUUAUUAUUCGCCGAGCAACAAGCCUGGGUCGCGACUUGUGCAUGCCUGGAUCUCCGUUGCAGGCCAGUGGCUGUCUACGUUGGAUCUUGUGGACGGCAUGAGCUUCGUGCUGCUUUUGUCUGAUCAUUCAGCUAGAGCUUUGGCCGAUGCUGUGCGCUCCAUAAACCUCCCGGUGAUCAUAUAUACACUCUGCAUGGGCUCUGACUUUGUUGUUUUGAACGCUUCGUGGGCCUCUACCGUAGGGCUUUCAAGGCCUGCCUCCGGACUUCUGGUUCGUCCCGAUCAACAUAUUCUGGGAAAUGUGACAUCGGUGGAGAACAUCGAGCGACUUCUGGCCGCCUGCCUUUGCUCUUGA